ACCCCAGCAGAGAAGAAGAGAAUUGGAGCUAGCAAUGGCAACAAAUUGCGAGCAUAAAUAAACAGUGCCGGUGGUUACUUAUUCCACUUCUCUUUGCUGUUCAUUUUAUGUCGGAAAUCAUCUCCCUAAAUGUCGCAGCGUGGAAAUAUCAAUCCCUCUGAUGGUGCCAUCUGCUGGAAUUACAUCGGUGAGAUUUAUAACGUUAGCAGCGGAUCUCAUUGUUGAACACAGCUGUGUUCGUUUUCUCUGGCUGGCGUCGUUGAUUGACUUUUAAAGAUGCCUCUGGGUUUGAAACCGUGCUGUGCGGUCUGUAAGACGAACUCUUCCUCGAUGUGGAAGAAAGGAAACCAGGGUGAAAUACUGUGCAAUAACUGCACAGGAAAGAGCAGCAGCGGCGGAGCAUCAGGGCCCUCCUUGUCCUCCAGCACGCAGCCCAGCAAUGGCGGGGGAAAGCAGUCUAAGCAGGAGAUUCACAGGAGGUCUGCACGGCUGAGAAGCACCAAGUACAAAGCUCCUGCUUCUGAGAAGAAAGUGUCAACAAAAGGAAAAGGAAGAAGACACAUAUUUAAACUUAAAAAUCCAAUCAAAGCCCCAGAAUCUGUAGCAACAAUCAUCACAUCAGAAUCUGUAUUUUAUAAGGGUGUAUACUACCAGACAGGUGAUGUGAUCAAGGUGACAGAUGAGGAGGAUGGGAAGUCUUACUAUGCCCAGAUCAGAGGAUUUGUGCAGGACCAAUACUGUGAAAAGAGUGCAGCACUUACAUGGCUCAUUCCCACUCAGGCCAGCCCAAAGGACCAGUUUGAUCCUGGGACGUACAUUGUUGGUCCAGAAGAGGAUCUGCCCAGAAAGAUGGAGUACCUGGAGUUUGUGUGUCACGCUCCUUCUGAAUAUUUCAAGUCACGGAGCUCCCCGUUUCCAACUAUCCCUAUUCGUCCUGAAAAAGGCUACAUCUGGACCCACAUAGGACCCUCACCAGCACUCACUGUCAAAGAGUCUGCCAGCAGUGGCAGUUAGCAGGACUGUGAUAUGGACUUAUUCUGUUGCAUUCAAACAGAUUAAUGUACAUUUGUGUUAUAUAAUAAUAAUAAUAAAAAAAAAAAACAUGCCACUGUAGCUAUUUCA